UCCCCCAGCUCCUCCCCAGCCUGCUCAGCCCCAGCAGAACCUGGGGGGAAGGUUAUUUAUUGUCCUUCCCUGGUGCUAAGUGUCACUUGUGUCCCCCGUGUGUCUCCCUGACAGUGUCCCCAACAUGUGCUGACACCACUCAUUGUCUGCUCUGCUCUGUGGGGUGCUGUGGGGGAUGGAGGCAUGGGGGGACAGGGAUGGGGGGCACUUGGGGAUGUGGCACAGGGACAUGCAAUGGGGCAUGAGGUGACAGAGAUGUGGAGGGCACAGGAGCACCCUGAGAUCCCUCCAUAGCCCCCCAACCUCGAGGGGCCAGCAGGGAUGAGCGCCUGCACCCCACAGUGAUCCCCCAGGGCCUGAGGGGUGCUGGUCUGGGGGCCCCAUCCACCCAGCCCUGCCCCUAUGGUUCCCACCCUCCAUGUCCCCAUGCCCCCACACCCCUCAGCAGCCCCUGCGGACAGAGGUGACACACAGAGGGGGCCCCGAGGCUUGGGGCGGUUUGAGAGGGAACCCGCAUCUCUGGGGACCUGUGUGGUGGCCAUGCUGGGGACACGCAGUGCUGGGUGGGCACAGGUGGACACGGACACAGUUGUCACAGAUGCCACACACACGGAAGUGUCACACACAGGCCACAGAGGUGUCUCACACACAGGUGUUACACACACACACACACACAGAAUCCCAGAACAGUGUGGUGAUGAUCCAGCCCAGCCCCUGCCCAGGCAGGGUCACCUGGAGCAGGUGACGCUUAUCCAGGUGCAUUGGGAUGUCUCCAUGGAAGGAGCUGUCCCAGUGCUUGGCCCUUGCGUGAUGGAGGGAAGUUCUGCCCCAUGCUGAGCUGGGAGUGUUGGUGCUCAGGGCCUGACUCCUUGUCCUGUCGCUGGGCACCACCGGGCUGUGUCUGGCACCAUCCUCAGACCCUGGGGAGAUUGUGGGGAUUGGUGGGAGAUUGUGGGGAUUGGUGGGAUCGUGGGAUCCCCCCUCAGAUGUUUGUAUGAAUUGGUGCAGUCCCCUCGGGUGAGAUUUGUGUGGACUCAGGAGCUCUGGCAGCCAGUCAGGCACAGAGGGGGCACUGCCAGGAGCAGCAGGAGAUGGAAAUGGCUCCAGGCAGUGCAGGUGACCCAGAGCGUGGUGACCGGGGCAGGCAAACAGGACUGCUGGAGCAGCAGCAGGGCAUGGCGUGGCAGUUCAAGUGGCAGGGCGUGUAGCAGGGCACAGCCACCCUCCUGACUCUUGAGGUGAGCUCACCUCAGGUGGGAGUUGUUUUUUUCACUUGUCCAACUUGAUUAGACCCAGCAGUAGUUUACACGCUGACAAAAGCCACUGCUGGCAGGAGCAUGGAGACCCAGACAGCUCCCCAAGAAACAUGCAGCUGUCCGGGUCUCUGGCUGCAGGGAGUGUCUGAGCCUGCUGUUACUACUGGAGGUCAGUGGAAGCAACAUUGCACGUGGUGUGGAUCUCAAAGAGGAGGUGGAGAGGCUGAGGAUUUUCAGGGAGUGCAAAGGAGAAAUAAAUAGACCGGUGGAGCUGCACCCUUCCGUCCAGGAGAGAAAUGCAGUGCAUGAAAGCUCAGCAAGAAUCAGAGUAGCCCUGACCCUCUUGCCAUCAGGCAGGAGGAGACCUAAAAGCUGGGGAAUGGAAAUAUGUCCUUGCCUGGGGAGGCAGAAGAAUCCCUUCCUGGCUUCCCUCACCUUCCCAGACGCUCUUACAGAAGAGAUAUGAGGUCCUGGAUUUUGAGGGUCAGGAAGAUGAGUGUGGAGAAGAUCUACCUGGUGGGUCUCCCAGAUCAGUGCAGUCGAUCAGACAGAUCCCAGCUACAGUUACUAAGAAAAAAAGAAGGGCGGUUGUAGUGGGUGACUCACUUCUGAGGGGAACUGAGGACCCUGUGUGCCAACUCGACCCAUCCCACAGCGGAGUCUGCUGCCUCCCUGAGGCCCAGGCAAGGGAUAUUGCUGAGAGACCCCCUGGACUAAUUCAGCCCAACGAUUGCUGCCCACUGCUCGUUGUCCCGGUUGAAGGGACAAGAGCACAAGGAGGGACAAGAGGUGGUGGUCUAGAUUCCUUUGGUAGUAAGGAUGAAUGCCAAAGGAAAAACCAUGAGAUCAAAAAGUAGCGUAAAGAUGAUGCCAUUUGGUGGAGUUUGGGGUUUUUUGAACAUGAGGUGUUUUGUAUGACACCAGGCUGGAGACAGAUGGGGUUCACCUCUCUAGAAGAGGCAAAAGGGGUCCAACCUGUGAAUUGGGAGGGCUGAUUGAGAGGGCUUUCAGCUAGGUUUGCGGGGAGAAGAGGAUGAGACCACGCUUACUAGAGAUGAAGCUGGGGGCAGCAGGCCGGUGUUGGGGAGAGAUCGAUAGCCUAGCUGAAGUGCAUCUACACUAUUGGGAGUUAGAUUUGUUUCUUUUUUACUUACAGAAUUUUCUCCCAUAAGUUGCUAGGAGACUACUGGAUAUUAUGGGUACUUGACCAAAACAAAGAGGUGGCCAAAAGUCGGGAGGGGGAAGAUCACACGAGUUUUUGGGGCAAGUAAAGGAUGGGGCUGGAGGCAGGCACCCUCUCUUGGUUUUGGCAUCGGAGGGAGGAUGGCCAGGCUGCUGUUUGCUCGGGAGGGGUUCGCUGUCACUACCAAGUCCAGUCCUGAGAAAUCUACCAUCAUCUCGUGAUGGGCUCGUGUGCCCCGGAACUCUGAGCUCGCCUCCACCUGCCCUGCUGGGCUGGCCCUGGCCCGUCGCUGUUUUUUCGGCACUGCUUUGAGGCUUUUUGCUACUCUGUGUCCCUGCACUGCCCUGCCCUGCCCUGCCAAGGACAUCCCUGCUGGGACAUCCCAGCUACCACCGCAGAGCUUCUGAUAUACCUCAGCCACCAGCCCGGGAUUUCCCACCGUCCCAGCUUGGUGCUCUCAGGGUCCUGAAGGGGCACCGAGAUCAGACUGCCCCAGGCUUUGUGAAACAAAGCCCCUCGAGGUUCCUCGUUCUGUUUGUUAUUAAUGCUGUAGUUGUUGUUGUUUGUUUGCCUUGUUAUACUUACUAGUAAAGAACUGCUAGUCCUGUCCCCAUACCUCUGCCUGAAAGCCCCUUUAAUUUUCUAAAUUAUAAUAACUUGGAGGGAGGGGAUUUGAAUUCUCUGUUUUCAGGGAGGCCCUGCCUCUCCCUAGCAGACACCUGUCUUUCAAACCAAGACAUACACCAAUGCAGCAGUGUGGGCAACACACAGGAGGAGCUGGAGGUUGUCGUGCAGCAGCAAAGCUCUGCUGUAGUUGCAGUGGUGGGAUGACUCCAUGGCUGGAAUGCUGCCAUGGAUGGCUCCAAGCUCCUCUGAAGGGACAGCUGAGGAAGGAGAGGUGGUGUGAUGACCCUGUACUUUAGGGAGUGCUUUGACUGUCUUGAGCUUAGUGGCAGUGAUGAUAAGGUCGUCUGGUCAUGGGUGAGAAUCAAAGGGAAGGCCAGCAAGGCAGAUAUCCUGGUGGGAGUCUGUUCUAGAUCACCCAACCAGGAUGAGUUAUUCUAUAAAGUGCUGGCUGAUGUUUCAUGGUUGCCAGCCCUUGUUCUUGUGGGAAUCUUUAACCUGCCGGAUGUCUGCUGGAAACAACAGGAUGGAGAGGAGAAAGUCUGAACAGUUCCUGGAAUGUGUGGAAGAGAACUGACUCCGUAGGUGAGCAGCUGACCAAAGGUGGGGCUCCGCUGGACCUGCUCUUUGCAGACUGAGAGGGGCUGCUGGAAGAUGUGGUGGUUGGAACCAUCUUGGCCACAGUGACCAUGAAAUGGAGUUUUCGAUCCUUGGUGAGGUAACAAAGUGUGUCAACAAAACCUCUACACUGGACUGUCAGUUUGUGAAUUUCAGCCAGUUUGGGACACUGUUUUGAAAAGUCCCUUGGGAAGCAGCCCUUAAAAACAAAGGCUGGGCAUACACUGAGAAGGAAACCUUUAAGGUGCAGGAGCAGCCUGUCCCUGUGUGCAUAAAAAUGAGCUGGUGAGGAAGAAGCGAUUGUCUCCCUGAACUUGGCAUUGGUGAGACCACACCUCAAAUCCUGUGUCCAGGGCUCAUCCCACAGCAUGAGCAGCAGGGCAUUCUCUUGGAUGGUGUUGUGUGAGGGAGAUCAGGUGUGUUGACUGCCUUCCAUCCAGAGAGCAGCAACUGUAUUUUCCCCUAUAAUUUAAUUCUGUUAUUGUUUUGCCCUCAGCCAUCCUCCCACAAAAUCCUUCAAGAAAUUACAGAGGAAAAAAUAGAAGCUUCCAUUUCUUGAGGUAUUUAAUCAAAGUCAGAUGCCUUUAUAAAAUGGAUUUAAAUAAACAUAUGUAAAAGGCAAAUGUAAGUGAACUAGCAGAGAACUGCUGUUUUACAGCAAGGAUCACCACAUUUAAAGUGUUCAUUUGGGGUGGGAAGAAGGGCUGAGUUACGGCUGGUCAGCCUGGAGAACAGAAGGUUCCAGGGAGACUUUGGUGCCCCUUCCAGUACUUAAAGGGGGCUUAGAAAAAGGCUGGAGGGGUACUUUGGACAAGAGCACGUAGUGAGAGGACACAAGAAAAACGGCCUUAAGCUGAAGGUGGGCAGAUUUAGAUUAGGCGUUAGGAAGGAAUUUCUGACUGAGGGUGGGCAGGCCCUGGUACAAGUUGGCCAGAGCAGCUGUGGCUGCCCCUGGAUCCCUGGCAGUGUCCAAGGCCAGGCUGGACACUGGGGCUUGGAGCAACCUGGAAUACUGGAAGGUGUCCCUGCCAUGGCAGGGGUGGCACUGGGUGGUCGUUAAAGUCCCUUGCACACAGACCAUUCCAUGUCUCUAUGACUCUGUGCUGCCCCUCCCUGCCAUGCCCAGCACACAGAACAGCCCUCUGUGACAGCGGCCCUGGGCCGGGGGCACUGUGAGCACCACCAAGGCUGUGGGUGCUGUGGUGGUGGCCCGCUGGAGGUGACACCUCAGUUCUGGCUGCUGCCACCCGCGCUGGCACCGAUGGCUUUGCUGUGGCUGCUCGUCCUGCUGGGCCUGGCCGGGCCCGUGGGGGGCACCUGGGACACCUGCAGGUGAGCGUCCCCAGGGGCUCGAGGGAGCUGGAGGAACACUUGGGGACCUGACUGGCAGGACCGGGGGGACAGUUGUCCCUCAGGGGUCUCUGGCCCUGCUGCCUCUCAGCACCAGGUGGGACCCUCAGCCUGAGCAGCAGCAGAGCAGCAGCAGCCACCAAGCGGGGCAGUGAUGGAUUUGUGCUUCCAGAGGGACCUGUGGGCUCCGGCCCCUGGCUUCUGACCACAGCUCUGCAGUUCUUGACUACAACUCCCUGGCUCCUGCUGUUGACACGUCCCGUGUUGUGGGUGGCACCGGUGUCCAGCCAGGGGCCUGGCCCGGCAUCGUCAGCAUCCAGGCCACCUGGAAGAACGGCACGUGGCACAUGUGUGCAGGUGUCCUCCUCAGCUCCCAGUGGGUCCUCACGGUCGCACACUGCUUCGCCAGGGGCGGGGACUACUCCAAGUGGGAGGUGGUGAUGGGGGCCACGGAUCUGAGCCAGCCGGGCCCUGACGUUGAGGUGAGACACAUCCAGAGGCUGCUGGUGCACCAGCACUACGUGCCUGCCACGGCGAGGAACGACAUCGCCCUGGUGGAGCUGGAGCGGCCCGUGGAGUGCAGCGACUACAUCCAGCUGGGCUGUGUGCCCGACGCCUCGCUCCGGGUCUCAGAGCUGAAAUCCUGCUACAUCGCCGGCUGGAACUUUGCCCGAGCUCAGGGAACAGGCAUGGUGCUGCAGGAGGCCAAGGUCCACCUCAUGGACACGGAGCUCUGCAACAGCAGCCCGUGGUACGCGGGGGCCGUUCAUGCUGACAACCUCUGUGCUGGGUACCCACAGGGCACCAUCGACACCUGCCAGGGGGACAGCGGGAGCCCCCUCGUCUGCAAGGACAACAGAGCUGACUACUACUGGCUGGUGGGAUUGAACAGCUGGGGAAGAGGCUGUGACAGAGCCAGGCACCCCGGGAUCUAUACAUCCACUCAGCACUUCUACAACUGGAUCCUGCUGCAGACGGGCCUGAGCCCAGCAGAAAGAGCUGGUCCAGCCCCAGAGCCAGUUGUCACCUUGGCCCCUGAGCGGCAUGUGAAACCAGAGGAACCAGAGGAACCAGAGGAAGACAUCAACUUGAACCCUGAGUUCAGCCAGAGACCAGCGGUGACAUCCUCGGGCACAUCACUGCCCAUGGCAUUCCCACACCAGAUCCUGGUGCAAUUCUGGAAUCUGCUGCAGGAGUUCCUGCAGUUUCUGAAGGACAAAAAAGCUUGAGCAGCAGCGGCAUGAGCAGGAUCCGAGGCUACAGUGGACCAUGGCAUUUCCUGCUGGGCCAAAGGUAGCCUUGGGGCCAGAAGCUUCUCUGUCCUGCCCACGCUGCUCUGCUGCGGCCACACCA